AUGAUGUACAUCGGUUACGUAUCUAAUAUGACCUCCCGUCUUUCAUCGUACACUGAUUUAUUUCGUCGAGGUUUAUACGAUGCCGUUCGAAAUGCUUUCAAUGUUUUAACAAUUGAUGAAGAUUUCAGUAAGAAAUCAACAGAAAAGAACGCCGCUAAACUUCAUCCGCAUCAACCAAAACCGAAACAGUCGUCAACAUCCUCAUCCGAUACAAAGCGUGUUAAAUCCAAUCUGGCACUCUUGUGUCUAUUCAAUGGCGGCAUACUUCUUUGUGGCAUGCUCUGUUUUAACUAUCUUUUCUUACCUGUUUUUCGUCGAUUAUUCUACGCAUUAGCUGGCUUGGAUUCUUCGUCAACAUCACGACCAUUGAUCAUCAUUCAACACAUACUAACAUACACAUUUAACUCGCUAUGGCUUAUUCCCGCAUUUAUCAUCUCGAAAUUUGUGAAUUCUUAUUGGUUUCGUGAUAUAGCUGAUGUUGUUUUCAAGAAAUUAACGAAGAAUAAUCGUCCUUUACCAGCAUUGACACUGGCUCGAUCGAUCAGUGAUAUUCUCUUCAGUAUAGUAAUGCAAAUCUUCUUUCUUAUUCAAUCAACACUGAUAUUACUCAUACCUAUACCGGUUUUAAAUAAAAUCAUUGGUAAUAUGUGUUUGUGUUUACUCUAUUCGUUUUAUGCAUUCGAAUAUGCAUGGAUCUACGCGAAUUUAAGCGUUAAACAGCGUAUUGAACGUAUCGAAUCAUCUUGGCCAUAUUUCCUUGGUUUCGGUCUGCCAUUAACAGUACUUUCGACACAAUUUUUUGAAUCAGCCAUUGUUAAUGAAUGUAUCUUUUCGAUUGUAUUUCCAUUUGCUAUCGUCGCUGCAACAUCAGUGAAUUUUAACGAACGUAUUAAAUUACAGCCAACACAAGCGCCAAUUGUGCCAUUGAAUAUCUUUGCUGGAUGUAUUCGUCUAACGAGUCGUCUAUUCGAUCUACUCAAAUACAAACGUCAUUCAUCGGUAGUAACAGCGUCUCAAUGA